AUGCCAAAGACGCCACAGUCCCAGCCGCCCUCCCCAGUCAAGCAGCCAGCCAAUGCCCCUGCCCCCAACAAAUUAGACAAGAUGUCCGAAAUCACUCUCAGAAAGAAGAAGAACGCUGACGCUCAGGCUGCUUUCCGUGCAUGCUGUGCCAACUAUAUUGCCACCCUUGAAGAGACAGGUCCGGUUAUGGACUGGUCCAGAACCAGACUGGAACUUGGGUCCAGUCCACUACCCGUCCACAUAGGUCCGGUCCCCAGUCCGGGACACUCCCAGACUGCAGAUUUGGUCCGGUCCUGA